CUAUACCCCAUAGCCGGAAAACGGAAACUUUGGCUCGGGCUGAGGUCUCCGGUUUCGGAUCAAGUCAACGGACUGCUCCGUACCCUUCACAUCGUAUCAUUUGCUCCGCAAUAUUCGCUCGAUAAAUCCAAUUCCAUUUGGCUUCUUUCUUCUUUUCUUAAUCGUCUUCUUCACUGCGUCCCAGAUCCCCAGCGACUGUGUUUCAAAGGGUUUGGAGCACUUAAACAGUUGGAUUUGAAGGUGUAUGUGUUGUUUCUGGUGAUCGGAUUGGGAAAUUUGUUCAUUGAAGCUCCGAAGAUCGGAAUCUGUCUUUGGAAAAGAAGAAAGAAAGAAUGGAUUCAUCUAAAAAGGGUGUUUGUUAUUGUUCUGUAUCGAAGGGGGGUCGGGUUUUGUACACUUACAACAAUGAUGAUGGGGACAUGGAGAUUGAGAACUUGGCUGCACAAUGCUUGGAGAAGGCGCCGCCUCAUCACAAAUGGUAUUUUCAGACGAUGGGUAAGAAGACUUUCUGUUUCUUGAUGGAAGAAGACGGGUACGUUUACUUUGCAAUUGCAGAAGAGUCCCUCGGCAAUGCGGAGGCUCUUCGGUUUCUUCAGAACCUGAGAAGCGAGUUCGAAAAGCACGCGAGAAGGGGCAGUUCGGGCAGAAGCAUGUCGAGUCUCAGCUCCAUAACCACUCUCCAAGAACAACUAGUCCCGGUGAUAAAAAAUUUAAUCACCUCCCUUGAAAACGUCUCCGGUGGGGACCAUAGGUGGCCUGCGAUGCCUAAUUCGGUGGGCCCCGCAUCGACAUUCCCCAACGCCAAUGGGCAAGCAGAGGUUGGGUCUUCGACGAGGGCCCCACUAUUGAGCAAGUGUGACAAAAAGAGCAAGAGUAGUAGGAGUAAGAGGAACAAGGAUCACGUGGUCGGUAUGAGGGGAAUUGAGUUGGAGGAGCAUAGGAAGUCAAACGAACGAGGUGACUUGGAACCCUCGGGAGGGUCUCCCGCGUUGUUGCAAAAGGAUUUUGGUUCCGGAAGGAUGACGACGAGAGGAAGCAACCAAAGCUUUCAAAAGAAAUGGUGUCGUUUGGUUCGGAUCAUUCUCGCCGUGGAUGGUGCGGUUUGUCUUGUCCUCCUCGUGAUAUGGCUCGUGGUAUGCGAAGGGACGAAGUGCCUUAGCUAAAUAUUGUUUUGUGAUAUACUCAAAUGGAAAUUCCUUUGUACAGGAAGGAGGGGUACAGGUGAAAUUUGAAGACAUGGAAGGUUUUACAGUGCUCCAUUAGACUUCGACGCGAUUCUUACCCCCCCGACAUGCUUCCACUCUUGCGUUUUACCAUUUCGGGGUCAAAUGGAACACGGUAGGGACAUCAAACGAUUGAGGACGACAUGGAUUAAUUUGAACAUUUUUAGACAGUACCGAGACAUCUACGUUAUUUUGUCCAAUUAUCAUUACGUCUUGUUAAGUUUUUUCAUCUAAUUUGUUUAUCGUCAAUGAGAAUCAUCUCUUAGUACAACAAAGAAUCACAUUUUGC